GGCGGGGCCGGACGCCUCGAAGUCUGGGGCGGGCUGGGGUCGCGGGACGCCUGGCUGGUGCGGAUACAGGAUGCGCGGAGACUUCAGAAAGGGAGCAGCCUUUUUCUGAAGGAGAAAAAUGCCACGGGUAUUGUGAGUGGAGGUUGGAAGCGCUCCCUGCAGCUGGCCCAGGCCUGGAGACCUCGGACUAGGAGAGAUGGCAAACAAGUAGAAUUUAAGGCGCCCCGUGGUGAGUGACAGUGCCCACUCUGGACGUGACGGGCAGUAGUUCCUGAAAGAGCCCUGUGCAGAGGCUGAGGCCUGAGCAUGGACCCGGGAGAGGCACCUCGGCUCACCUUGGCUCCUGCAGAAAACGAAGUGAGAUGUGACACUAAUAACAACGAGGAGGGAGAGGGAGAGCAGUUCGACUUCGACAGUGGGGAUGAAGUCCCAGAAGCGGAUCGACAACCCCCGUCUGGCCUGGGGGCUGCGGCCGAAGCAGUGGGUGCAGCCUUGGGGCCUUCUGGCACCUCUCCUGAGGAGGGGGAUGACCAGGGACCUGGGGCAGAAGCCUUCGAAGGGGCAGAACCGGCCAGGCUUGCAGUCCCGACGAAGGUGAACCCAUACUCCGUCAUUGACAUCACGCCGCUGCAGGAGGACGCACUGCCACCCCCAGAGCUGCCCACUGAGGAGGACGGUGUGGGUCUGCACGUGCCCAGCGGAUACUCAGUGCCCGUUCCCUGCGGCUACGCUGUCCCCUCCAGCCUGCCUGUGCUGCUGCCUGCCUACUCAAGCCCUGUCAUCAUCCGCACCGAGUCUGUGGACGAAGAAGAAACACCGGAAGUUGUGGAUGACCACCAGUUCAACUCCCUGAGCUCUGAGGACCCUCUGCACAGUGGUGAUCAAAGCAUCAGGGAAGGCAGUGCCCUUGCCCGGUGGGCAGCGGAUCCGGCCAACACAGCGUGGAUGGAAAACCCGGAAGAAGCCAUUUAUGACGAUGUCCCCAGGGAAAACUCAGACUCUGAGCCAGAGGAAAUGAUUUAUGAUGACGUUGAGAACGGAGAGCACGGUGGGAAUAGCUCUGUGGAGUAUGGGUGGAGCUCAAGUGAGUUUGAGAGCUACGAAGAGCAGAGCGACUCGGAAUGCAGGAGCGGCGUUCCACGGUCCUUCCUGCGCAGCAGCCACAAGAAGCAACUCUCUCAUGACCUAACCCGCUUAAAGGCGCACUGUGAGGAAAAGAUGAGAGACUUGGUGGCCAGCACGGUGGGAGCCGUGGAGGUACAGCAGCUAACGCGCAGGCAGGAGCAGAAGAUGCAGAAGCUCAUGAAGGCGGCCAAGGAGGGCACCAAGGACGGGUUGGAGCGGACCAAGGCCGCCGUGAAGAGAGGCCGUUCCUUCAUCAGGACCAAGUCCUUCAUCUCCCCAGACCACAGAUCUUGUCUCGAAGAGGAGCAGAGCUUGUUCAUUGAUGUGGACUGCAAGCAUCCGGAGGCAGUGCUGACGCCGAUGCCUGAGGGGCUGUCUCAGCAGCAGGUUGUAAGAAGAUAUAUUCUGGGUUCCAUUGUUGAAAGUGAAAAAAACUACGUAGAUGCUCUUAAGAGGAUUUUGGAGCAAUAUGAGAGGCCCCUGUCUGAGAUGGAGCCACGGUUCCUGAGCGAGAGGAAGCUGAAGAUGGUGUUCUACCGCAUCAAGGAGAUCUUGCAGUGCCACUCCAUGUUCCAGAUUGCGCUGGCCAGUCGUGUGGCCGAGUGGGACUCUGUGGAGACCAUUGGCGAUGUCUUUGUGGCUUCGUUUUCUAAGUCCAUGGUGCUGGAUGCGUACAGCGAGUAUGUGAACAACUUCAGCACUGCUGUGGCCGUCCUCAAGAAAACGUGUGCCACAAAACCCGCUUUUCUCGAGUUCUUAAAGCAGAGCCAGGAGGCCAGUCCCGACCGCGUCACGCUCUACAGCCUGAUGAUGAAGCCCAUCCAGCGGUUCCCACAGUUCAUCCUCCUGCUCCAGGACAUGCUGAAGAACACCCCCCAAGGACACCCUGACAGGCUGCCGCUUCAGAUGGCUCUGACAGAGCUCGAAAUCUUGGCAGAGAAGUUAAACGAAAGGAAAAGAGAUGCCGAUCAGCGCUGUGAAAUCAAACACAUUGCGAAAGCCAUCAACGAAAGAUAUCUGAACAAGCUCCUCAGCAGCGGGAACCGGUACCUGGUCCGCUCUGACGACGUGGUGGAGACGGUGUACAAUGAGCGGGGUGAGGUCACCAAGACCAAGGAGCGCCGGCUGCUCAUGCUGAACGACGUGCUUGUGUGCGCCACUGUCAGCUCCCGCCCCUCACAGGAGAGCCACGCGGGAGCUAGCCAGCGGUACCUGCUCAAGUGGAGUGUUCCCCUGAGCCAUGUGGAGGUGAUCGAGUACGGCAAUGGCCCCGGCAUAGGGGAGCACAGCCGGCACCCUGCUGCGUACCCACCCGAGAGCCUGGCUGUGUCUGCUAAUGCCAAGCCAUACAAAGCCUACCUGGGGCCCGGGCAGCUUUACCAAGAUCUGCAGAACCUGCUGCACGACCUGAAUGUCGUGGGCCAGAUCACCCAGCUGAUAGGGAGCCUCAGAGGGAACUACCAGAACUUGAAUCAGUCAGUAGCCCAUGACUGGACUUCAGGCUUACAGAGCUUGAUUGUGAAAAAGGAAGAUGAGAUCAGAGCAGCCGACCGCUGCAGAAUUCAGUUACAGCUGCCCGGGAAGCAGGACAAGUCGGGGCGGCCGACUUUCUUCACAGCCGUGUUCAGUACGUUCACACCUGCCAUCAAAGAGGCCUGGACCAGCAACCUGCAGAUGGCCAAGCUCGCCCUGGAGGAGGACAACCAUCUGGGCUGGUUCUGUGUGGACGACGACGGGAGUCAGACCAAGAAGGACACGCACCCGCUCCUGGUGGGACACAUGCCCGUGAUGGUGGCCAGGCAGCCCGAGUUCAAGGUCGAAUGUGCUGCUUACAACCCCGAGCCUUACCUAAAUAAUGAGAGCCAGCCAGAUUCGCUUUCCAUGGCACGUGGCUUCCUGUGGAUUGGGAGCUGUAGCAGCCAGAUGGGUCAGAUUGCCAUCGUCUCCUUCCAAAGUUCCAGCCCCAAAGUCAUCGAGUGCUUCAACGUGGAGUCACGCAUCCUGUGCAUGGUGUACGUGCCCGGCCAGCAGCAGCACCGAGAGCCUGGCGCGGGCUUGGAUGCCAAGCCCAUGGCCACCCAUGCCUCCGAUGUGCCCACCAUCUGCCUGGGCACAGAGGAGGGAAGCAUUUCCAUUUACAAAAGCAGCCAAGGCUCAAAGAAAGUGAGGCUGCAGCACUUCUUCACCCCUGAGAAGUCCACAGUCAUGAGCCUCGCCUGGUCGCCACGCGGCCUGUACGCCGGUCUGGUCAACGGCUCGGUGGCCAGCUACACCAAGGCCGCAGAUGGAUCCUGGAAUGUGGAACCACAAAAAGUCCUAAAGCUGGGCGUCCUUCCGGUUAGGAGUCUCCUGGUGAUGGAGGACACUUUGUGGGCGGCGUCUGGAGGCCAAGUGUCCGUCAUCGGUGCUGAGACACAUGCCAUCCAGAGCCAGCUGGAGGCCCACCAGGAGGAAGGCAUGGUCAUCUCCCACAUGGCUGUGGCCGGUGUUGGGCUCUGGGUUGCCUUCACCACGGGAUCCACCCUCCGCCUCUUCCACACGGAAACACUAAAGCACCUUCAGGACGUUAACAUCGCCGCCCCUGUGCAUGGCAUGCUUCCAGGCCACCAGCGGCUCUCUGUGACCAGCCUGCUCGUCUGCCACGGCUUGCUGUUGGUCGGCACCAGUCUGGGGGUUGUCGUGGCCCUGCCAGUCCCUCGUCUGCAAGGAAUCCCCAAGGUGACCGGAAGAGGCAUGGUCUCCUACCACGCACACAAUGGCCCCGUCAAGUUCAUUGUUCUGGCCACCGCCUCACACAAGGACAAGGACAAGGCCAGGGACAGCCCGCUCCCUGGCCCUGAGCCCCUGGAUGAGGAGCAGAAGGUCCAGCCCUCUGGGGAGGUGGCCGCCUCGUGCCCUGGCCAGGAGGACUCUGACACAGCCGUUUGGUUGGGGGAUUGGCCAGGGCCAGGGCCACAGAAGAGCGACCUGUCAUCAUCAUCAGGGUCGCUGAGCUUGUCCCACGGCUCUAGCUCGCUGGAGCACAGGGCUGAGGACAGCAGUGCCUGCGACUUCCUCAGGGACCCUGCUAGCCCUGUGCAGAGCAGGGCGCGGCCAUCCCGCAGGGCCAAGGCCAGCUCGGCGCUGGUGGUGUGCGGGGGCCAGGGCCACCGGCGUGUGCAUAGGAAGGCACGGCCGCCGCCCCCAGAGGAGGUGGUGUCUUCCGUGAUGGUCUGGCAGAUCCCGCUGCUGAGUGCAUAGGGGACGCUGCGUCCACACCGUGUUAGGGAGGGAAUGUGCAAUACGCCACUGGGCGGCCUGCCUGCUGACUACCCUGUCCACACCGCAGCACUGGCCCAGGUGCCAGGAGGGCAGAGCCUGCAGGGUCUGGUCCCUGAUGUGUCCGUGACAGUGCCGUGCUCUUCCUGAAGCCUGUACUGGUGUCCGUUCACCCGGAGACUAUGGAGGACGCUGCGUUGGUAACAGCCCUCUGAUUCACCACCGUAGUCAUAAACUCCGGGGUCCCUGGGGACAGUCGAGAGCCAGGUCACAGGCACCUGUCCCGGACGCAGCGCUGUGUCCUGCGUCUACUUUGUAUCCUAACAAAGCACUAUUUUCCUGUUAAAAAUUAACAGCCACAUUGUAGUCACUGUGGUACCAACGGCCGUUCACAUAUAAUCUGUGCUUUGAACCACAUGGCUCAGUACCCCCCAGCACUGAGCCCCAAGUGACCCGGCCACAGGGUGCUUCCUGUCCCCUGCACCCCGUGGGGGCAUCGCGUCAGACUCCCGUAGGUCUGGAGCAGGGUCCACUCUGACAGCCAUGCGGCCCCCCCGUGGACCAGCCCUCCCAGGCUACUUGGUGUGUGGACGCCCCCCGUGGCACACGCAGCUUGCACACAGGCCGGGGCUGUGGCGCUGGCCGGUGUGAACCCUGAGCGGCUGUGCCGGAGCUGCUUCAUCUCGUGUUCGUGCCUGGGUGAGGGGGACAGAAGCCGACUGCGAGCAGCGCCGGGAAUGUUCCUCAGCACCGUGCGGGCGACUGAAAAUCCCAGUUUUACCACAGCCAAAUAUUUGUUGAGUUGUAUAUAUGCCCCAAACUCUCUUCACUCUUAGCUGCUCUCUUAUUGCAUAAAUAAAGUCAUUUUUAUUUAAAAACA